AUUUAAGGUACAGCCAGUAUACAACAUCAAGAGCAGCCUAUUUGCCACAAGAUCAUUCGUGUGGUGUUUCACCCCCUUUCUAAUGCCUGUUUCCUUUUUGCUUAAUUAGUCUUUGAUCGUGCUCAGAGAAUUCCAAGAAAAAUCAAGAGUACAUCGCCAGUACGUAUUAUAGCACUAACACGUUUCCAUGGAGGAUUUCAUAGAUGCUGUUGUGAAAUUAAAAGAAGUACGCCUCGAUUGACAUCGAUUUUGAACAUCUUAUGAAUGCUGUUACAAAGCUUCGUUCUCAAUUGAUUAAAAGCAAGGGAAAUACGCAUCUUAGUGGUCAAUUUGAAUGUGUCGAUGGUCAGUUGGUGAAAGCAUUGAAAGAAGGAGAUUGGCUUUUGAUCGACAACGUAAACUUUUGUAGUGCAUCUGUUUUGGAUCGUUUAAAUGGUCUUCUGGAACCGAAUGGAGAAUUGAGUAUAAACGAACGUGGGAUUGUGAAGGAUGAGAUACCUGUUGUGAAACCCCAUCCAAACUUCCGGUUGAUUUUCACCAUGGAUCCAAAACAUGGAAAAAUCUCUCGUGCGAUGAGGAAUAGAGGCGUUGAAAUAUUUAUGCCUUCGAAUUUGUGUGAUGCUAGUGAUCUUUGCAGUAUGUUGAAUGCGUCAGGAUGCAAACAUCCUUCGACGAUGGCCGUAUUUUCAAGAUAUUACUACGAACAGGAAGAAGACACGCUUGUCCAGACUAUACACGCUGCAUCUCUUACCACCGAACUCUAUCAAAGAGGACUGGAACGAGAUAAAUCAAUUGUCAUGUCGUUAAUGCACGCUGUUGGUUACACUAAUGUGGACCUCUCUUUGCUGUCAAAUGAAGAGAUAAUGAAAAGAUAAUGAAAAGGUUUCAUUUGUCUCGAGAGUCCUUCUGGAAUCGAUUUUCAGAAAAAAUCUGUUCAUUCUAUGAUCGUCUGGCAUUUUGAUGCAUUGAGACGAAUUUUGAAUGAUGCAAGAAAUACUUAUAAAGACAGUACUUUGGCCAUUUCUCUCUUUCUGGAGUGGUGUUGUAUAGGAGACUGGAGAAUGGGAUUGCAAUGGUUGAAAUGUUCAUUACCUGGUUUGCUACAGGAUCAUGUGUCAACGACAGAAGUCCAGAAGGCAGAAUAUUUUCUUGAACGUUUAUUUGGUAGCAAUGCUUGUAAAGCACUGUUCGACUUUUUCACAUUAAUGGCUGGUGAAUUUAAAGGUACGUUUUUCUUUUUAUAUUUUUGUUGUAUUUGAAGUAUAAUGCUGUUAUGUAUACGAAGAUCUUAAAGAUAUGUAGUCGUUAGCAAGUUGUUUGCUCUGUCGUCCAAUUGAUCGUAAUAAAGUAAAUGGUUUGAACCGGGAGCAUAGUUACAUGUUUGCAAACGUUUUUGAUGAGUACCACACGUCAAAUGCCAAACUCAUGCAGAAAAUGUUCAAUGAGGAAAUGUUUAAUUUUGGUGCAUUCGCCAUUCUCAAAUGUGAUUUAUUGCAUUCUCGUUUCUUGAGCAUUGCUUUUCUUCUUGUAAGAUUAAGGUUAGAACCGCAUAUUUAACCAAAAGUUUGUGCGUGAAAGCAAUUAGUGCAGUACAUUGUAAUGUAACAGUAUCAAGUGUUGUUUGCGGUAACGAUGUCAUAAAUAAAUCAAAACUUCUCUAAGAACACA